AUGUCGGAAAAACGAGGAAACUCAUUUUUAACAGCCAUCGUUAUUGGUGCAGGAAUACGAGGUUCCAUUUAUGCCCAAUAUGCACAUUUAUAUCCAAAUAAAUUGAAGAUCGUUGGAGUGGCUGACCCAAGGGAAUUUUAUCGUGGGAAGCUCCAACAGCGCUUUGAUAUCAAGGACGAUAACUGCUUUUCUGAUUGGAGUGAGGCCAGUGAAAGAGAUAAAAUGUCUGACUGUGUUAUCAUUACUACUCCAGAUCGUUUACACAAGGAUCCUGUCGUUGCUUUUGCAAACAAAGGCUAUUUCAUCCUUCUGGAGAAACCGAUGGCAGUCAAUGAAGACGAUUGUCGUGAAAUUGUCAAGACUUGCCAAGAAAACAACGUGAUUGUAGCUGUAUGUCAUGUGCUAAGGUACACGCCAUGGGCCAAUAAGCUCAAAGAACUUAUCGACAGUGGACUCAUUGGCGAGGUUGUCAACAUCAACCACAUCGAAAAUGCUGGCUUCUGGUUUUUUGCUCAUUGCUUUGUUCGUGGCAACUGGCAUAUUGAAGCCGAAAGCUCCAGUUCAUUGUUAGCCAAAUGUUGCCAUGACGUCGACCUGAUAAAUUUUUGGAUGGCGGGACGACGAUGCACAAGUAUAUCCUCAUUCGGGCAUUUAAGCCACUUCAAUAAGGAAAGUAAGCCUCCUGGAGCAGCCAGUCGUUGUAUGGAGUGUCCAGCUGAUGUCGAGUCCAAGUGUCCUUACUCGGCCAAAAAGAUUUACCUAGACCAGAUAAAACAGGGAGACAAAGAAUUUCCUGUUUGUGUGCUUGCUGAAGAUCCGACAAUAGAGAGUGUGACGACAGCGCUAAAAACUGGACCUUAUGGUGUCUGUGUCUAUGACAACGAUAAUGACGUCAUGUCAAAUCAGGUGGUCAACAUGCAGUUUGAAGGGGGAGCCACAGCCACUCUGACCAUGGCUGGCUUUACGAAGUCCGUCGGUGAAAGAGAGGUCAAAGUUUACGGUACCAAGGGACAGCUUUCCUGUACGGCAAACAGCGAUCCAGUGAUCAAGCACUAUGACUUCCUGACUGGAAAAUCCCAUGAGUAUCAAGCAAAACCCAAAAUGGUUGAAGGAAUGAAAGGCUAUGGUGGGGCCGACUUCUACUGUAUGGAUUCGUUUGUCAGCAGUGUGACCGAGAAUAAUGAGACAACCAUCUCAACAGGUCCCGAGGAGAGCUUGGGUAGUCAUUUACUGGUGUUUGCCGCUGAAAAGGCGAGGAAGGAGAAACGAGUCGUUAUGUUACAACCUGACGGCACGUACAACUGA